AUUUAUAAUUAAACUACAGCAGUUAUUGAAAACUGUAUUUCAGGGACGGUUUUAUAAUUUCCUAACAUCGUUGUGAUAAUUAAUUUUACGAGGACACCGUGAACGCAGCACAAGGAUCAACCUGGAGGAGCGUAAAAGUCGCUGCAACCGAACAGAAACACCGAGCACAGCAAGUUCACGCAAUAAUGGGACUCUUGCGGUUUUACUACGGAGUGCGGAGGCGUAUUUAUUGAUCGUGUUGAUGUCCGUUAACAACUUUUAGUCGGGGAAUUAGUCGACGUGUUGUUGGCGCGUCAGUUGAAACAAGAGUUCUGCUUUCAGUUGGAUGGAAGUGAGUGAGACAGGUCAGUUUUGAAGACAGACAGGUCGGUUUAACGGCUGCCUCUGAGGACAUUUAGUGUCUCUCCGGUUCAAUGUCCACGGUAAACUUCGCCGAGGAGCUGGACUUCAGAUUGAUCUUUGAGGACGACGGCAGACAGACCGCAGGUCCAGAUCUCGAUGGGAGGACACCUCCCACCUCCACACAGGCUCUGGCCGAGCAGCCCAUCUUCCAGGAGCUGCAGAGUCACCCUUCAUGUUUCUCCACCGCAGACAACUACCAGCAUGUCGGCUACCAAACCCAGGGGAACCCCAGAGCCUUUGAUUGCCCAAGUAUCCAGAUCACCUCCAUCGCUCCUAACAAUCAUGUGGAGCCGGGCAGUAGCCAGGAAGCUUUGGCAGUGGGCGGGGCAGAGGGGGGUUACCCUGAGGCGUCCUGGUCCAGAGGCCAGCUCUACCUGCCCCUGGACCCCUGCUACCGGGACACAGCGCUCUCCCUGAGCCCCUGCAGCAGCCUGUCCUCCAGGAGCUGGAUGUCUGACCUCUCCUCCUGCGAGUCCUUCUCCUAUGUCUACGACGACGUGGAGGGGGAGCUGCGCGAUGCCGCCUGCCUCGCCCUGGGGUCCCCCCUUGGGUCGCCCCUGGGGUCCCCAGGCUGCGGGGGCGGGGCCUUCGGGGUGGAGCUGUGGCAGCAGAAGUACCAGCAUCCUCUGGCCUUCAGCCCGGUGCUGUCCCCUCAUCAGUCGCCCGUCUCGCCCCGUCAGUCGCCCCGUCAGUCGCCCUGCCACUCCCCUCGCACCAGUGUCACAGAGGAGAACUGGCUGAGCCGUCGGCCCACCUCCAGGCCGUCAUCCAGACCGACCUCCCCCGGCGGGAAGAGACGCCACUCCAGUGCCGACCCCCACGCCCGCUCGCCCUCCCCUCACCACUCCCCCAGCCCCACGCCAGUCGCCUCUCCACGAGGCAGCGUGACGGACGACACCUGGGCGGGAAGCCCCGCCGGUGCCUCGGGGCCCCUCCUUAUGUCCGGCUACCAGGAACUGGACGUCCCCUCCAAGACCAGGAGGACAUCGGGGAGCCAGCUGGGCCUAAUGGCCGGUCAGGGAGACCCCGGGCUGGAGCCCUUCCUGGAUUCCCCCGGGGAGGAGGGACGUGAACAGGACGGCCUGGCUGAGCUCUUCCUUCAGGUGCCCUGCCACUUCAGCUGGAACAAACCCAAACCUGGAAACCCUCCUCUCUUCAGGACUUCAUCGCCCCCUCCUCUGGACUGGCCUCUGCCCAACCAGUUUGACCAGUGUGAGCUAAAGCUGGAGGUCCAGCCCAGAUCUUACCACAGGGCGCAUUAUGAGACGGAGGGCAGCAGAGGGUCCAUUAAGGCAGCUACUGUAGGACAUCCUGUCGUCAAGUUGACCGGAUACAGCAAGCGGCCGGUGAGCCUGUUUUUGUUCAUCGGCACUGCGGACGACCGCUACCUUCGCCCUCAUUCCUUCUACCAGGUACACCGGGUGACGGGGAAGAUGGUUACCACCAACUGCCAGGAGAAAAUUAUGAGUAGCACGAAAGUCCUGGAGAUCCCUCUGCUUCCAGAAAACAACAUGUCUGCCAGCAUUGACUGUGCCGGCAUCUUGAAGCUGCGUAACGCCGACAUCGAGCUGAAGAAAGGAGAGACGGAUAUCGGGCGGAAGAACACAAGGGUGCGAGUUGUGUUCAGGGUCGCCGUCCCUCAACCGGACGGCCAGAUGCUGUGGCUGCAGACGACAUCUAUUCCUGUGGAGUGCUCCCAGCGUUCGGGCCAGGAGCUUCCCCAGGUGGAGAGCUUCAGUCCAGCCAGCUGCUCUGUGGACGGAGGAGAGGAGCUGCUCAUCACUGGAUCCAACAUCUCCACACAGUCCAGGGUUGUUUUCAUGGAUAAAGGGCCUGAUGGAAGAUCACUGUGGGAAAUGGAUGCCAGAGUUGUACCAGAAAAAAGCAGCGGAUCCAGCAUUAUGGUGGAGGUUCCUCCCUACAAUAAGAAGACAACGGAUCCGGUUCAAGUCCAGUUCUACGUCUCAAACGGGAAGAAAAGAAGAAGUCUAACACAGAGCUUCACCUACCUGCCUAGAGUCAGACGUCACCUCCCUGCUGGAGUCAAACAGGAGCGCUGGGAGACGGACCACAUCUCCCGCAAUCCACCUGGCUUCUGUCCAGCCUCCCGCCAGGUGCCCUCCCACGACCGAGUGCUCGGCCCAGACGUGGUUUAUUAUGAUUCCUGUGACAUCCCAGUGCAUCGUGGUCCUCCUUCCCAGAACGCACCUAAUCUUCAUCACCCCCCUCCCUCCUCUGUCCCCCAUCAGACCCCCUUAAUGUUUACUCACACGUCCUCCAUCCCUCUUCACACCUCUUCCUCCAUGCCCUCUCAGACCUCCUCAGUCCCCCAUCAGACCUUGAUUCCUCUUCAGACCUCCAUCAUGCCUGCUCAGACCUUCACCAUCCCCCCUCAGACCUCCUCCCUCCCUCCCCAGACCUCCUCAAUAUCUCCUCAAAUCUCCACGAUGCCCCCCCAGGCCUCUUCGGUGUCCCUUCAGACCUUUACCAUCCCCCUUCCCACCUCCUCCGGUGGACCUCAGAGGGAACACUCUCCAUCUCUGAGUUCCAGAGGAGCCUUUGUGACCCCUGCUGACCCCCAGAAGGACUCUCUGCUCUCCGGCCCAGGAGAGGCGCUGGGCAUCAAGCAGGAGCCGGAAGACCAGCCAAAUCUGGGAUCCUUGGGCCAACAGGAGAUCACCCUGGAUGAUGUGAACGAAAUUAUCGACAGAGACAUCAGCAGUCUGAGCGGCAGCGCCCAGCCCGACCAGUUUGACCAGUACCAACAGUACGACUGGGAGCACAAGUCCAGCGACGCUGCCUUACCGUUCUGUGGAGGCCCCCGGUAGUUACACUGCUUCCUCGGGAGACGGCCGCAGUGCUUCUGCUACUGUUCGCUUUCCGGACAAAACCAAACCGGCGGUCACGUUUGCACCAAGUGCACCGAACUGAUCUGCAAGUGCCUGAACACCAAUCAGCCGCCUCCGACGAGCCUGCGGGCUCGUCUCAUCAGGGUAUCGCGUCAGAUUACUGUUUCCUCGCCUGUCUCAGGAAUGUUUUUCACCCAUAAACCAAAGAUUUUUUUUUAGCUUUUCAUAACCAAAUUGGAAGAACUGCAGAAUCCAACCAAAGGGCUAGAAUUCAAGCCGUGCUUUAAUGUCACACAAUCACAACAAUCAGUAAUGUCAUUACAGACGCUAAAGUCGCACAAAAUCCUGUCAUUAUUUAUUAGCCAGUUAAUUAAGAAAUCUAUUUUUGAUACUCUGGAUCUGGUCCAGUAAAAAAAGAAAGUCCUUCAGCUGAUCAUUUACAUUUUUAUAGCUUGGUUUUACUCUGUUCGGUUUACAUUUUCUUCGCUGAAUUACCUUAAUGCUGUUCAACCUGAACUGUUUCGGUGUGACGCUUAAGACACUGAAUUACAGAAAUGUAUCGUGAGGUUGAAGUAAAAAGAAAGGAAAAUAUU